AUGAAGCAGGCCGGGAAGAGUCACAAGGUAGCUCAGAAUGGCAGCGGCAGCAAGGCGACGGCCGAUGCUCGGAAGGACAGGAAAUCGGCCACCGGUAUGAACGGAUCGCCGAAGAAAGGAGGCCACGGAGGGAAGUUCACCUGGAUCGGCGGCGACGGCUUCUACUCGCGCGAGGAGAUGUUUCCCCGCGGCGGGGAAGCGGUCGAUCUGAAGGAUCCGAACUUCGAGGAGCCGGAGAUGGUUGCGGAGGAGGAGAAGGAAGAGGGAGGGAUCCAGGCCGCCUGA